AUGACGACCACUUUAGAUGACACUUCUCCUUUUUUCUCAUACUAUGGGAAUUGGUUGACUCAGGAUGGACCGAAUGCGAUGGAUCCUAAUACUUUACCCCUUUAUCACAAUCAGACGUAUCAUACGGUCACUGCGGUAGACGCUUAUGUGAUACUACGAUGGAAGGGUACUGGUGUAACCCUCUAUGGAGCUGCACGUUCAAAUAAAGGCAAUUUCUCCGUUUCAGUUGACGGUGGAAGUGUCAUAGUCAUCAAUGGAUAUUCAGCGACGAACGUCGUUCCUUGGGAAAUGUACCAAGUGGCCAACUUACCAGAUACUAUUCACCAAGUGCAACUCACCAAUGCACCGAGUUGGCAAUAUAAUACGCCUGGGACAGCCUUUGGCCUCGAUUACGCAGUGGUAGUGGGAACACCAUUGACCCCAGGUCAAUUCAACUCUCUCGCUUCUUCCUCUUCAUCAAGUACCGUUUCCUCCACCGCCUCAUCGUCAAUAUCAUCCUCUGCCUCUGCCUCCGUCUCCAGUUCUCCCCCCUCAUCCAGCUCAUCCUCUCAAAUGAGCUCGACAACAUCGAGCAAUGUUCCGUCUCUGACAGCAAUCACGGAUAUAGGAACAAGUCCACCAUUAUCCUCAUGGACAGCUGAAGGUUCUCAAACACCAAGUUCAAUGUUGUCAUCAGCGAGCGGAAAAGGUACGACGGUAUUGGGAAAUGGGAAUGCGACUUCUGGUCCAUCCUUGAAUCCUGCCGACCUCCCGGCCUCACUAGGGGCUUUCACUGCUGGUGCUUCGGUCACAAGUCAGCCUUUGACGGUGUUGUUGAAUGCUUUAGUCCUGCUGGUGGUGAUAAUGUGUGGAAUGCGAUAG